AUGUGGGGACGAGUCAUUGCACGAGGCGGCGGCUGUCGGCAAGGCUUGGCCAGGUUCAGCCUCCUGGCCUCGACGGAGCUCCCCAAGGGCCUGCUGGGCUCCAAGGCAGUGUCCGUGCGGCUCCAAUCCGCGGCGGAGCAGUUCAAGCCGUCCGACGCGCGGAGAGGAGAGAUAUCCAUUGGAGUCAGUGAUAGAGGAGCAGGACUCGUCUACCGCGAUGGGCGACCCUCCAGCAGCCAGGCCUUGGCAGGACGAGAGGAGGAGGCAACCUUCCCUCGGCCGGGCGUGUGGGUGGUGAAGAUUCAGCCGCCCUUGGAUGUCAGCAGUGACUCGGCCGGCGGCAUCGGUCGGAUCACACCAACGACCUUGUUGCUGAGUGACCAGCGGUGGCAGUUCGUGCGAUUUGUCCGAGAGGAGGACGAAGGCCACUUCCCGCUGCUGCGAUGUGCCCUCAGCGAAGCGCGCCAGGUGGCAUAUCGAUAUGCCGAGGAGUUCGAGGAGGAAGGGCAAAAACUGCGUGUCUACACGGAAGUGAUGCCAGCAGUUGAGCACAUGGGUUUCUGA